AUGAAACAUCUCCUCACGUCAAGCAUUUGGCUUGUAUUGCUGUUAGCCAGCCAUGCUGCAGAUUCCCAGUCGACUGAAGCAGUACCGAGCGCAGUCCAACCUAUAGACAACGGCCCUGGUCCUGUUGACCCGCCAGAACCAUCGGCAGUCCCCGUAGACCCCCCCGUAUUCAACCCGACACCUACUUCACCUCCGACCAACCCAGAGCCCACGGAGCCGUCUCUGCCCGUCGAAAAACCUCCAAGUUCGACGGUAGCAGAAGGAAUUCUGCCUCCUCAGUCGCCUACGCAGGCUGCCGUAGGACAGAGCUCUGCGCCCGUGGAUGGUCCGACUAGUGCCCAGGGCACAGUAACCACACCAGAGGCGAGUGCGCAGAAUGAUGCCUCGGAAAGUCAGCCUCCGGCAGGCUCUCCAGCCCCAGCACCGACAAAGGGUACUCCAGAUUCAGCUACUCCACCGGAAGUCACAAGCAGGAGUAUAGCCCCGGGGCCCAAUACAAGCCCAGAGGCUACGACUACCAGGCCCGACGUGCCUGGUGGCGGCGAAGCGUCUCCAACCCCUACGAACCCAAGGAAUUCUGGUAUAACUCCUUCAAGUCCCCCACGUGAAGGCCUGGGCAGUCCUGAUCAAUCAUCAGUGAACGAUGAGACUGGGAAUCCAGCCACAACUGAAGAAGCAUCUCCAAGUAACGGGGCUGCUGGAAAUACGGAUGGAAGCCCGGACACCACCAGUGAAAUGCCAGCGCAGACAGAUGCCCGAGGCUCAAGUCCCAACGGUGAGAUCUCUGCCACCUCUCGCGCCACCAAUGAAGAGGCAACACUUCGGGAUCAGCCUUCUGCAAGCACCCGAAGUGGAGGUGACAAUUUCCCACAAACAACAUCCACCGCUACUAGAAUCUCGACUGAUACGACUCGCGCAGGAGACUCUUCCCGUGGCAGCUCAAGACCAACGAAAAGCUCUUCCUCGCUCGCGCCUCUUUCUACUGCCAAGCCUAGCGAUGGAACAGGAUUCCUCGGUAUUGACUUGUCAGACGGAACGGAAUCUUCUGAAGAAACCCCACCUGAUACUACUACGCCCGAACAAUAUGAUGCCGAGGCUGAGGCAAACCUCCCCUUUACGGUCAUCUCUGAUGCUGACGCACAAGACGUCGCUAUUCUGGAAGCCGCAAUGUUCGAGUAUUUUGUCGAAAACGAUGCUCAAAUUGGGGAUGAUGUGCAGGUCACAAUUCCGGCCGUGGCAUCAAAUUGCGAUGUCGGGCUGACUAGGCGGGAUAUGGGAGAGGAGAGGUGGCCGGGUAGGUUCAAGUCGCCCGUUGCCAAGAGACAGGCAAAUUGCAAGGUCGUCACGAGCCUGGAAUUCGAUUUGUACUUUCACUACAUGCUGCCGAGUCAGACUGCUGAGCGUCCUAAUCAGCUAUCGGAGAGGAUCACGGCUAGUGUGAGUGAGACCACAUUUCUUUGCUGCAUCCUACCGCUGACGAUCACAAGGUCGAAUACGUUCAGUCGGUAUUUGGGCUUCGGAAUAUAA